UCUUCAAGAUGAAAAUGAAACUCACCUGAGUUCUCGUCAGUAGUACUGCUGGCAUUGUCGUCCACCAGAUUGAUAUCUGGAUGAUUAUGUUAACGUUUUGCUUUAACAAUGAUGUCAUUGAUGUGAUGUGAUGGAAGCUCUUGUUUCAGAGAAUACCUCGUGCUGUGUCAGCUCAAGUUUUCAACAUGUUAAUAUUUCUUCAGUGUUGGACUGAAGUAUGGAAAGUUCUAUCCAUCAAAAAAAGUGAGCAUCUUUCUUCAUUGCCCUAGGAAGAUUACACUGGAAGGUGAAAUCAGAGCAGAGGAUGACUCAGUACAACCAUUCAGCAGAGUUCUCUCUCCAGAGCUCAGCAAAUAAGUCAUUAAAUUUCACUGAAACACCACUGGCUUGGGAUGAAAGGACACUCUUAGGGCUGAAGAUUUCCCUGUCAAUCCUUCUGUCUGUUAUAACUUUGGCAACAAUCCUUGCAAAUGUUUUUGUUAUUAUUACAAUUUUUCUAACUAGAAAGCUCCACACACCUGCAAAUUACCUCAUUGGCUCCUUGGCAGUGACUGAUCUUUUAGUGUCUGUCCUGGUCAUGCCCAUCAGUAUUGCUUACACUGUCACCCACACGUGGGCCUUUGGCCAGGUGCUGUGUGAUAUCUGGUUGUCAUCAGACAUCACCUGCUGCACAGCCUCCAUCCUGCACCUCUGUGUUAUUGCCCUGGACAGGUACUGGGCUAUCACAGACGCUCUGGAAUACACCAAACGCCGCACUGCUGGCCGAGCAGCCCUCAUGAUCGCAGUGGUCUGGAUGAUUUCUGUCAGCAUUUCUGUGCCCCCAUUUUUCUGGAGGCAAGUGAAAGCUCACGAAGAAAUUGCAAAGUGUGCUGUGAACACAGAUCAAAUUACCUACACAAUCUAUUCCACUUGUGGAGCUUUCUACAUCCCUACUGUGCUCCUCCUGAUAUUGUAUGGUAGAAUUUACGCAGCAGCUCGAUCCAGAAUUCUGAAACCACCCUCGUUAUGUGGGAAACGUUUUACUACUGCACACCUGAUCACCGGCUCUGCAGGCUCCUCUCUCUGCUCCAUUAAUGCCAGCCUCCAUGAGGGGCAUUCCAACUCAGGGGGAUCCCCCGUAUUUAUCAAUCAUGUUAAAAUAAAACUUGCAGACAGUGUCCUGGAAAGGAAAAGAAUUUCUGCUGCAAGAGAAAGGAAAGCCACCAAAACUUUAGGCAUUAUUUUGGGAGCUUUCAUUUUCUGCUGGCUGCCUUUUUUUGUCAUGUCCCUAGUCCUACCCAUUUGCCAAGAUGCCUGUUGGUUUCAUCCCAUCCUACUGGACUUUUUUACCUGGUUGGGUUACCUGAAUUCAUUGAUCAAUCCAGUCAUUUAUACAGCUUUUAAUGAAGAAUUUAAACAGGCUUUCCAAAAACUAAUACUUUUCAAAAAGUGUUCAUCUUGAGGCUCUCCUCUCGUGUUACUGAACCUUGUGCAAUCUCAUAACCUACCUGAAACUUUCCAUGCUUUUAUUCCUAAGGUACAGAGUGGUAAUUGCCAGCUCUGCUGCUCCCCCGUUCUGUGCAUGUAACUGGGAACUCCUCGCCAAUUCCAGACUUUCUGUCUGGAAUUUUGCAUCCCAUAACAACUUGUCCGUGGUCUCUGCAGUGAUCAUGUGUGUAUAUAAGAUCAACAACACAUCAAAUAAGCUUUGUAACAAGGGAAGUGCAAACAAGGGAGCUGGGCUUGUGUGAGGAGGUGACACAUUAUCCAAUUCUACCAUGCUUUGUAACCUGGUAGGAGGAAAUUGCGCAUGUGUGUGCAGGAUGUCAGUAUUUCUGCUGUAUAUUAUUAAUCAUUUAUGUAGGCUGAGAAAGUUUCUGGAGAGCAGGAUCUGAUAUCUGCAUUUUCUGUGGCCUGUAUCAUAUCCACAUGAAGCGGAUAAGACCUGUAGCUUUUUCAGAAGUUGUGUGACACAGCCUGGCUAUAACCAGCAUCAGGGCAGAGAGGCAUGUAAGUUAAAUGAAUAUUUCACAACUGCUGCAUUUGAAGCUAUGUUUUUGGUGCACUGCAGAAAGAAGACAAUUUAUUUGAGGCAAUUUUUACACAUUUUAUCAUUAGUAGAAUAGCCAGUACAGAAAUACUACAAAAUAAAUAGCAUGAAAAUUAUUGAGAAGUACCUUGAUCUUAUAUUUUUAUUUCAUUUUUUUGCAUGCACAAACUGAAACAAGAGAAUAUGGUUAGUGCCAGUAUGGAAUGACUGGGACCUCAGAAAACAUCCAGGAGCUUUGCUCCUUGGUGACAAGAAAUGGGAAUUUAGAGAGGAGAAAAUGAAGUGACACACUAAGGAAAAUUUUCUUAGUAAUUAAGUUUGUUGAGGUGGAUGGACCAUCACUGUCUCUGGAAGACUGUAAGUAAUGGUCAAACAAACAUCUGUCAGGAAUCAUCCUGUCAGAACCCUCUGCUGGGGCUGCGGAGGGUGGAGCAAGUC